UUUUUAAAAUGUUAGGAAAGUUCUUUGCAAAUAAUAUGAAUGCGAGCAUCAUUAGGUCUUACCCUGCAAGGAACUUCACAAAAGCAGCAGUCAACAAAACCGUCAACAAAACUGUCAACAACACCAUCAAAAAACCUGUCAACGCUACUAGGUAUUCUGAUUAUGUGAUUCAUCCACUCUUGUACUGCUUUGGGGCUUUGUCCUUCGGUUUCUUCAAAGGGACAACUCUUCCAAGCGAGAACUACAUGACUAAGAAGAAGAUAGAUAAAGCUAUUGAAGAAUUCAAGAAAUUUAGCCCGAGUGGAUCUCUUCCUAACAUUGCUGCAACCUCAGCUCCUAUGAAGAAAGAUACUGGAACUCCAAAUAUGAGUAUGGCCAAGAUCGAAGAACUGUGGACCAGCUACUCCAGUUCUAGAGACAAAGAGCUGCAUGAGGAAAGACUCCCUCUUGGCUUUGGAGCUCUGAUAGUGAACUCCCUCGCACUCUUCAGCCACCUGAGGUAUUACAGGAGAGUGGGGUACAAGCCAGCAAGAGCGCUUCUUUUGAUGAUGUGCUUCCUUGGAGUCACCUAUGUAUCUGGGUGUUGUCUCUACAAUAUGAAUAAAUUUUAUGCACAGAGCCAGUGGGAGAAUAGUGAUUUCGAAAAAUUUAAGAAGGAUUACUCUAAAUUUUAA